AUGCCUCACCUCGUCGCCAACUUCCUGCGGUCCUCGACCGGCAACAUUUCACAGAUCAAGAAUGCCGCCCGCUCACGCACCGCCUCCCGCAAUGCCUCGUGCGAGUCGUCCAGGAACAACUCCAUCUCUGGCAGCCCCUACGAUUCCGACACCGAAGACACCUCCAAGACCCACGAUUUACUCGAGGCCGUUAAGAAGCACCACAAACUCUCACUUCACUUUGGUCGGUCCUCUAGCUCCCCGGUGCGCGAGCUGAAUCCGGCCUCCUGCAGCGUAGCCGCCGUUGACUGGAACAUUGAGAGCCCGCCAAUCAUCUUCCACGGCACCCGCGAGGACAGCACCGGCGCCAUUGUCUCUGGCCAGAUCUUCCUCGACAUCAAGGAGGACACUGUCGAUAUUGACAGCUUUAAAGCAAAUCUCAGCAUCCACACCACAUACAAGCGCCCAUGCCAGGGCCACUGCGCGGAAUGCCAAAACCAGGUCACCGAGCUACAAGCCUGGGUCUUUCUCGACCAUACUACCAAACUGCAUCGCGGCCGGCACGCGUUUCCCUUCUCUGCACUACUGAGUGGCGAGCUGCCCGCGAGUACCAACACCCCUCUCGUCUCUAUCGCCUACGAAUUCAAGGCCGUCGCGCAAGUCUCGCGCCACGCCACCGGUACCAGCACGCCGAUUCAGCUCAAGUUUGACCGCACGCUGCUGGUCAAGCGCUCCGUUCCCGAGCCGCUCUUCCCGCACCACUCGGUCCGCGUUUUCCCGCCGACUAACAUCAAGGCCAGCGCUGACUACGCCUCGGUCGUUCACCCGACCAGCACCAACAAGCUGACGCUCAAGCUCGACGGGCUCAUGACGCACAACGAAAAGGUCAAGACGGUCGACCUGUGGAAGCUCAAGAAGGUGACGUGGAAGCUCGAGGAGACGAUCAAGACGGUCGCGCCGGCCUGCGACAAGCACGCGGCCAGCGCCAGCACCAUCGGGGAGGUCCGCGGCACCGUGCGCAACGAGGUGCGCGUGAUUGGAGAGAAGCAGCUGCACGAGGGCUGGAAGUCGGACUACUCGGGCCACGACGGCUCCGUCGACAUGGAGCUCGACUACAGCAUCAACCAGGCGCGCAACAGCGCGGGCGAGCUCAAGUACGCGUGCGACACCAAGACGGCCGACAGCACCGAGGUCUCGCACUCGCUGCUGCUCGAGCUCAUCGUCUCCAAGGAGUAUGCACCCGAGGGCAGGGCCCACCAGGCCACGCCGACCGGCACCGGCCGCAUCCUGCGCAUGCAUUUCGCUGUCGUUCUCACCGAGCAUUCAGGUCUCGGCGUCAGCUGGGACAACGAGGCGCCGCCCAUCUACGAGGAUGUGCCGCCCAGCCCACCGGCCUACCCGCUCGAGUCGCCCAUCGACUACCAAGAUCUGGAACCGCUUUACGCGCGUCCUUCGAGCAUUGACGCCUCGGCGGAUGAUGUCCCGUCACCUUAG